GGCUGCGCCACGGUUGCCACGGCGACUCCUUAGUUACUUCCGCUGGUCGCAGUGCUUCCGGGUUGGCGUUGCGGUAGCGUUUCCGAUCGUGGGAGCCUCGGCUUCCCAGUCAUCCGAUGAGCCCGAGCAGCUGAGCCCCUUCCCUGUCUUUCACUCUUCUGGCAUCGGUGGUUUUACUUCUACGAUUGAACCCUGCUUCCUCGACCCCCCUGGGAGGCCGCCUCCUUCAGGCGCCUCCCUUCUCUCCACGAACUCGCACAGACAGCCGAGGACCUGGCAAGAUCCUGCUACCCAGAGGGUGAAUGGGUAUCUUUCCCGGAAUAAUCCUAAUUUUUCUAAGGGUGAAGUUUGCAACGGCGGCAGUGAUUGUAAGCGGACACCAGAGAAGUACCACUGUAAGCCAUGAGAUGUCUGGUCUGAAUUGGAAACCCUUUGUAUAUGGCGGCCUUGCCUCUAUUGUUGCUGAGUUUGGAACUUUUCCUGUGGACCUCACCAAAACAAGACUUCAGGUUCAAGGCCAAAGUAUUGAUGUCCGCUUCAAAGAGAUAAAAUACCGAGGAAUGUUUCAUGCCUUGUUCCGAAUCUAUAAAGAAGAAGGUGUAUUGGCUCUGUAUUCAGGAAUUGCUCCUGCUUUACUAAGACAGGCAUCAUAUGGCACCAUUAAAAUUGGCAUUUACCAGAGCUUGAAGCGAUUAUUUGUAGAGCGUUUGGAAGAUGAAACUCUCCUGAUUAAUAUGAUCUGUGGGGUAGUGUCGGGAGUGAUAUCUUCCGCUAUAGCCAAUCCCACUGAUGUAUUAAAGAUUCGAAUGCAGGCUCAAGGAAGCUUGUUCCAAGGCAGCAUGAUUGGAAGCUUCAUUGAUAUAUACCAACAAGAAGGUACCAAGGGUCUCUGGAGAGGUGUUGUGCCAACUGCUCAAAGGGCUGCCAUCGUAGUGGGAGUAGAGCUACCAGUCUAUGAUAUUACCAAGAAGCAUUUGAUAAUGUCGGGAAUGAUGGGAGACACCAUAUUAACUCACUUUAUUUCCAGCUUUACAUGUGGCUUGGCUGGGGCUCUGGCCUCCAAUCCAGUUGAUGUUGUUCGAACUCGUAUGAUGAACCAGAGAGCAAUUGUGGGACAUGUGGAUUUGUACAAGGGUACUUUGGAUGGCAUUUUAAAGAUGUGGAAACAUGAAGGCUUUUUUGCUCUCUAUAAAGGAUUUUGGCCAAACUGGCUUCGACUUGGACCAUGGAACAUCAUUUUUUUUAUCACAUACGAACAGCUCAAGAGGCUUCAAAUCUAAGGACAAAUGUCCACGUGAGCCAAGCCCUCCGACCUUUCUACUCAUUUCUUCCCCCCUUUUCCGUCUUCUAUUGUAUUUUGACAAACUUGUAAGUGUUUACAAAACCACCAGUUUCCCAGUGACCUCCUGAUGGAAAAAUACUAGGAUGGUUCUAAAUUGUGUUUGUGUUACCAUGUUAACUUUUCCCUGAGAAAAACUGUUAACAUUGAAACUCUGGCCACAGAUUGGUAUCUUCUGUGAAGAUGGAUACUGAUGGGUGACAUUUAAAAUGGCCUUCUCUUGAAAUGUGGGUUAAAUGUAGUUGGUUAGCCCCAAACUUGGGCCCUAGCAGAAGGCAUAGGCCAGGGCAGUUAUUGCUAUGUACGUUACCAACUUCGGUUUUCAUUAAAGUAUUUAUUGUCAGUAUAA